AUGGGUAUUCCUCUCUGCCCGGCUCCUGAACUCGAUAGGCCGAUCUGGCACUUCUCUCCUCACGGGCGCUAUACGGUGAAGUCCGCAUAUAAAAUGGCGAGCGCUCUCACCCUCGACCUCAGCUACGGAGAGGAGGGCUCCUGGAUACAUAUAUGGAAAAUUCCUGUGCUGCCUAAGGUGAAGUCCUUCCUUUGGAGAGCUGUUAAGAACAACCUCCCCUCUAAGGAGAAUCUUUUAUCGCGAGGGAUUCUAGUUGGAGGCGAGUGCGGUACCUGUAAGAUGGGCUACGAGAACUUAUGGCACGUUUUCUUUGCGUGUCCCUUUGCGGAGGAAUGCUGGAGGAUUGGUGGUCUGUCGACUUUACUGGGCUCGCUCCGGGAUAGAAGCGAUUCUUUUAAGGAAGCUCUUUCGACUUUAUUGAGCUCUGAUGUAGGAGCUUCGGCCGCAAAAGUUAGUAUGAUUCUCUGGCAUGUGCGGAAGGAUAGAAAUAAAGCCGUGUGGGAGGGUGCUAUUCCUAAUCCCUCACGUACUGUCACUUUGGCUGCUAGUUGUCGCGAGGACUGGCUACUUGCUCAAGCUGCUUCUUCUCUCCCUUCCUCGACUGUUGCUGUUGUGUCAAGUCAGGACCCCUGCGUGGGGUGGCAUAAUUUACAGGAGGGCUGGGUUUAUGUAGUGUGGAUGCCGUUUUUUUCUCAAGUGAUGGCUCUAUGGGAAUUGUCAAUGAAAGUCCCGGGCCGAAGGGGUGUUGAUGAAGGGGAGCUCAUGGGAAUCAAGGAAGCUUUAUCUUGGCUCAAGGUGCUUGGCUUUGGAUAUGGGUGGAUCGAGUGUGACAGCAAGAUUGCUUGUGAUGCUAUUACAAAGCAAGAGCGAGUCAUAAAUGAAAAAGCUUUGGCAUUUGAGGAUUGA